UGGCGCGGUGCGCAGUCCAGGGAGCCGCGGGCGAGGAUGCGCUGCUCGGUGGGGCGGAGGCAGCUGCUGCUGCUGCUGCUGGCGGCCCUGCCAGUCUGUGCCCGGGGCGGCGGCGGCGGCGGCAACGGCUCGGCGGACUCCCGCGCAGGUCCUCCUGGCCAUGGGCCCAGUCAUUGGAGCUACACAGACAAGGCACAGUGGGCUUCAGAUUUUGUUUACUGUGGGGGCCACAUGCAGUCACCCAUCAACAUUGAUACGUCCACCACUCUCUUUGCCCCGGAGCUGACGCCUCUGCAGCUGUAUGGUUACAAUCUGCUCCCCGAACAGAAGCUCAGCCUCCGGAACAACGGACAUACAAUUGUACUGAGCCUACCUGCCAACAUGUCUUUGUCCGGAGGGGGAUUCCUGGAGGCCUACCGAGCCGCCCAGCUGCACCUGCACUGGGGCUCCAAAGCAGGGCCGGGCUCCGAGCACACUGUGGACGGCCACCGCUAUGCUGGGGAGAUUCACGUUGUCCAUUACAGCACCCGCUUUCGCAGCAUCAGGGAGGCGGCAAGGGAGCCGGGCGGCUUGGCUGUGCUGGCUGCAUUCCUACAGGUUGGGUCAGAGGAAAACGAGGCUUAUCAGCACAUCUUUGAAGAUUUGGAUGACAUCCAUGAGGAAGGAGAGGAAACUUUAAUAGCUGGGUUUGAUAUAGCACAGCUGCUGCCUGCCAACCUCAGUUCCUAUUUCCACUACAAUGGAUCACUGACCACUCCUCCCUGCUAUCAGACGGUGAACUGGACUGUCUUCAACCAAACUGUCCUGCUGUCACAGGAGCAGAUUUCAGUGCUGGAAGAAAGCCUUCUUGGCGGAAAAGAGCACCUGAUCCAAGGCAACUUCCGCCUGCCCCAAAGUCUGCACGGCCGGAGAGUGCUGGCCAGCUUCCCGAUGCCCCCCGCGUCACCAUUUGUGGAGCCACCUGGUCCGGGCGAGCAGGUGAGCUCCUCCUUUCACACAGGGGACUUGCUGGCCAUCCUAUUUGGGACUCUCUUUGGGCUGACUGCUGUCGCGUUCCUCCUCUACGUCCAUAAGCACCGGAGCCAGAACCCGCGGUUGGAUGCUCAAGCAGCCAAGCCCAGCAUCAUCUACGUGCCGGCCACCACUGAGGAGCACAUGGGCUAGGCUGCACAAGAGCCAAUUCUGCCUGGGACAAUUCUGCCUCCUCCCAACAACCCCCCCCCCUUCUCUUCCACCCUUUCUCCCUUUAUUUGCCUCAGCUGCCUGGGAAGCAUUUGUACCGGGAACACUGAGAUCUGUGUGCAACCUCAACCCGAACAGACUGCAGGAAUCAAUGGAAUGGACCUUAUUCAAGUUACCAAACAGCAGCGCGGGGGGGGGGGG